GGGAUUAGGACUGUUCUGGCAACCCUGACUGUUGGGCGUGGCUAUCUGACAGUUAUUGGAAGAUCUGGUGAUCACAAACACAAAGCUUUCAGGCAGGAGAGAAAGAGAAAGGAUUAUUUAGUUGUUCAAGAGCGAUUUACAAACCUAAGAACAAAGAUUCCAGGAUGAAGGUUUCUGUGCAAGUGGGCGUGGUGUUUGUUCUGGCCCUUAUUGGCCUGGGCUCUGCUUUUAAGUGUUAUGACUGUACUGACUACACUGGAGCCUGCACUCAAACCCGUUCCUGUGCUGCCCAGGAGGACGGAUGUCUGACACUGAAAGAGAGAAAUGGGAAGACAUACCGGCAGUGUAUCCGCUUUUCAGACUGUAAAACCACCAUUCUUGGUGGCAUGUUUCCCACGGUGGGCAAAUUCGAGUACCAAUGCUGCCACCAAGAUUUGUGUAACGAUGCUACUGUGAACACAGCCAGGACUUCAGUGAUUGCCUUGGUUCUUUCUCUGGCUCUGUUAUGGUGGUGCACCAUUUAAUUGAAUGUAUUCAGAUACUGCCUUCUGAUGAUAUGGAUAACAAUACUAGUCCUGAGUGUUCUACUUUUGAUGGACUUAAAGACAGUGAUUAAAAGCAAUAAACAGACAAAUGACA